CUUAAUAUUUCUUCCUAAAAGCUAAUGAACACUAAAUUAGAGAAACUUUUCUAUGAAGAGCGAAAAAUCAAACUUGUUUGAGAGGGAUUUGUCGUUUGGGAGGAUUUGUGAAGAACAAUCUGGCAACACGGAAAGAACUUCAACACGGAAGUGCGGUUCUGCUUCUGAACCUGAACCGAGAACCGAGAAGAAGCUUCAAGAAUUGCUCUAAAGCGCGGUUAGAAACCCGGAUCCUGUUGCUCUGUGCGGGUUUUUUUUUUUGGGGUGGUGAAGAUCUCCAGAGGUGGGUUCGGGUGAUGUUGAGGGUUUAAACCGGUGAUGUGUGGGAGAAGGUUGAAGGUUCAGGACUUGUAGGACAUCAUUACGUGUCCUAAGCAACGCUGACAUGUCGGGUAACACAGCUGAGGUAUUCCCGUCAUCUUCAUCUUCAUCACCAUGAUCAUGAUGUUUGUGUAGGUGCACAGAUCAGUAUUGUUCAUCCAGUCUGAUAUUGACCGAGUAAAAGAGGCAGCAUGUUUCAAAAGACGUCUCUGACCACCAUCAUCGUGGGGGUCUUCACGGUCUACGUGCUGCACACGUGCUGGGUGAUGUACGGCAUCGUCUACACCAAACCAUGUGACAAUCCAGGAAGUGACACCUGCAUUAGUCCUUUCCUUGCAGGGAAACCUCGCCUGCAGAUAAGCAUCUACACGGCUCUCCGCUCCAACGCUGAAGGUGGACACACGCUCAUCCACAGGGAGGAGGAUUUUGAUGUGCACACCAAAUUUGAGAGGCUAAUAAACGUCUCCCUGCCGAAGAAGACGCGGAACAAUGGGACGCUCUACGGCAUGGUGUUUGUCCAUCAGGCGGGGACGUCACCCUGGCAGGACCCACGCCAAGUGCAUCUGGUUACGCAGCUCACCACGUACAUGCUGCCCAAACCCCCGGAGGUCAGCCUGAUCACCGGCCAGGAGCUGCCUCGGGUACGAAGGCAGCAGGAGCAGAGAACAACAGGGGGCGAUGGAGAGGUGGACCGGCCCGUGUCUCACUGGCGCUCCCGUCUCACGCUGAACAUCGUGGCGGAGAACUUCCUGUUUGACCGAGAGGCCAUACCGAGUGACGUGCACCGCUAUAUGAGAGUGUAUCAGAGUGGGAAGAAGUUUGUGUACCUCCCUCUGCUGUUUAUAGAUGAGCUGAGUAACCGAGUGAAAGAUUUAGUGGAGAUCAACAGCAGCACCACUGAGCUGCCUCUGACUAUUUCAUAUGACACCAUCACUCUGGGAAAGCUACGCUUCUGGAUCCACAUGCAGGACGCCGUGUACUCGCUGCAGCAGUUCGGCUUCACUGAAAAGGAUGCAGAUGAAAUCAAGGGCAUAUUUGUAGACACUAAUCUCUACUUCCUCGCCCUGACCUUCUUCGUCGCUGCUUUUCAUCUCCUAUUUGACUUCCUGGCGUUUAAAAACGAUAUCAGCUUUUGGAAACAGAAGAAGAGCAUGGUGGGAAUGUCCAGCAAAGCAGUGCUGUGGCGGUGUUUCAGCACACUUGUGAUUUUUCUUUACCUCCUUGAUGAACAGACGAGUCUGCUGGUCCUCAUCCCUGCUGGAAUAGGAUCUCUUAUUGAGGUGUGGAAAGUGAAAAAAGCAUUCAAAAUCUACAUUUUCUGGAAGGGCUUUACUCCAACUUUCAUGUUCGGCAAAUCUGACGAAUCCGAGAGGAGGACGGAGGAAUAUGACAGUUUGGCGAUGAAAUAUCUGUCCUACCUGCUGUAUCCACUGUGUCUAGGUGGAGCCAUUUAUGCACUGGUAUUUGUGAAGUAUAAAAGUUGGUACUCCUGGCUGAUCAACAGUUUAGUUAAUGGAGUAUAUGCUUUUGGAUUCCUCUUCAUGCUACCUCAGCUGUUUGUGAACUACAAGUUAAAAUCUGUGGCUCAUCUGCCCUGGAAGGCCUUCAUGUACAAGGCUUUCAACACGUUUAUCGACGACGUCUUUGCCUUUAUAAUCACCAUGCCCACGUCUCAUCGCCUGGCCUGCUUCAGGGACGACGCCGUGUUUAUUAUUUACCUGUAUCAGAGAUGGCUGUAUCCUGUAGACAAGACCCGAGUGAACGAGUACGGCGUGUCUUAUGACGAGGAACCGAAAGGAAAACCGCACAAAGAGUAACCGGACCAAGACAUCCUGCGGGGGAAACGUCCACGCGGACAUUACGGGGGACACCGACGAGGACAUGGAGACGCACUUCGGUUAACACACUGGGUGAUCUACAAUUCUCCGUUGGAGUUUCGGACUUUUGUCUCUUACAUGUUUUUAGUGUUCGUGUCCUCAUCCUGACAUGAAAAUGGACCAUUCCAGGUGCAGGGGUGAUUAUUAAAUGAGGCCAGUUGAUGUUAAUGAGCUACCAAAGCGAGGGGCAGGUGGUUUGGUGCUGUAUUUUGCUCCUUAACACCUGCACCUCUUCAAAUCCGAGCUCAUUAUUAAAACAUCUGCCCGUUGUUCCUCGCGCAUCCCGCUUGUGCCCCGAGCGUCAUUCAUUCAAUUUGACCAAAUUCAUCAUUUGAGGAAAAAGAAGCUCAGAUGAACUGAAGGCAGAUGGACGAGAACUUACAUUAAAUAGUGUUUGAAAAAAAAAAAAAGUCACAUUCGUGCCAAAUGAACAGAAGGUUCAGGAGUUUAGUUGAAAGUGGUUGAUGCGAUCGUGAUGUCUCUGUGUACGCUGUGAGAAUGAGCUGUGUGUGUGUUUGUCUUCUAUAAUCCACUAAAGUGUUUAAAGGGCCUCGAUUCGUCAUUUAUUCCUCGAAUCCGUGCGACGGUUCACGAGGAAUUUAAUUUUAUCCGCUUACGAUGCCAACCAUUAGAAUUUUUUGCCACAAUAAUUUUUUUUUCUGAUUGAACCCCUCCCCCCCACCCAAACCCAUUCCUCAUGUCAUGGUUCUUAUUACAAUAACGGUGCCGCAUGAGCAAACACGUAUAUGCAAUUUAUGUUUUCAUUUUCGAUUUUCUAUCCUUCUUAUGCUUCAGCUAAAUAAAUCCAAUCCUCCAUGAA